UGGAAAGUGCCAGUAGGUCUCUUCUGUCCGUGAAGCAGCAGAGGCUUCCGGCUGCCUGAAGCCACCCUGGGGGUCCCAGCAGGAGAGGGAGCUUGUGGUUCAAUCUGCAGCCCCUGAAGGGAGCUGAAAGUCGUAGCCGGAUGGAUAUUCCCAGGCUCUCUAACAUGGAGCUGGUCCCUCCUUCACCGUUGGUGUUGCUGCUGCUGGUGCUGCUGCUGCUGGUGCUCUGGGUCUCCUUCAGGUUAAACGGGAGGAAGAGGGGAAUGAAAGGUCCCCUGCCCCCUGGGCCCACCCCACUCCCCAUCCUGGGGAAUUUCCUCCAGCUGGACCGGAAGAAUCUGGUCCAGUCCCUGAUGAAGAUGGGCGAGGAGUACGGGCCGGUGUUCACCGUCUUCCUGGGACUGCAGCGGGUUGUGGUCUUGUGUGGCUACCGAGCCGUGAAGGAGGCCCUGGUGGACCAGGCGGAGGAGUUCGGUGGGCGAGGGCAGCUGCCCGCCUUCUCCAAGGACUUCAACCACCAUGGGAUCGUGUUUGCCAACGGGCCACGCUGGCAGCAGCUCCGUCGCUUCUCCCUCACCGUCUUGAGGACCCUUGGGAUGGGCAAGAGGUCCACUGAAGAGCGGAUCCAGGAGGAGGCCCAGUGCCUGGUGGAGGAGCUCCGGAAGACAGAAGGGACGCCCCUCGACCCCACCUUCCUUCUCAGUCGAGCCGUCUCCAACGUCAUCUGCUCCGUUGUGUUUGGGGAUCGGUUCCAGUACAACGAUGAAAAAUUCCUCCGGCUGAACAAGCUGAUAACGGAGCGCUUUCGCAUUGCAAGCUCAACCGAAGCCACGAGCAAGCCUCACUUGAUCCUUCUGCCCCUCAAAAUUAUAUCGAUUGUUUCUUGGCAAAGAUGGAGCAGGAAAAGCAGAACCUGGAUUCUGAGUUCUGCAUGGAGAAUUUGGUGAUGGCCGCUUUCAACCUGUUCUUUGCUGGCACGGAAACCAUCGGCACCACCCUGAGAUACGGCUUCCUCAUCCUGAUGAAGCACCCCCAGGUCCAAGAAAAGCUCCAGGAGGAGAUCGACCGAGUGAUCGGGGCCGGCCGCUCGCCCUCGGCUGAGGACAGGAGGCAGAUGCCCUACAUGGAGGCAGUGCUGCACGAGAUCCAGAGGUUCAGUGACAUCCUGCCCAUGGGCCUCCCCCAUGCCGUCACUCGAGACACCUGCUUCAGGGGAUAUGCCAUCCCGAAGGGGACCUACGUCUACCCCUUGCUCAGCACGGUGCACUACGACACUGAGCAUCACAGCAGCCCUGAGAACUUCGACCCCGGGAGAUUCCUGGACAGCGACGGCCAUUUCAAGAGGGCAGAGGCCUUCAUGCCUUUCUCAGCAGGGAAGCGGCUGUGCCUGGGAGAGGGCCUGGCCCGCAUGGAGCUCUUCCUCUUCCUCACCACCAUCCUGCAAGCCUUCACUCUCACCUCACCGGUGUCCCUGGCAGAGAUCAGCAUUGUGCCCGAUGCCAGUGGCGUCAGCCGUGUGCCCAUGAGAUACCAGCUCUUCAUGGUACCACGCCGAGCUUGAUAGUCUGCUUCACCCAUGCAGUUUCCCUUCUGCCGCACUCUUCAAACGCCCAGAGGG